UAAACAAGUCCCUGAACUGAAGUCCUCUCUGACCCCAUCACCUCGAACCCUCCACUUCACAGAAGCUCCGCCGUCGCCCCAAUUCAUAGCCUUGAACUUGGCUGCUUGUGACAAACUUUGGUUUGCGGGUAUAUUAUUUUCGAACCGACCAUGGCUUUAGACAGUACUGGCAUUGAUCAGUCGCACAAGGCGCAUCGAACUCGCCAGGCCGGUCCCAAGAAGAAGGCGAAAUCCGACAAGAAGAAGAAAAACAUUUCCGAGAACGACAGGAAACAAAACCCUAAGGCAUUUGCUUUUAGUUCUUCGGUGAAGGCGAAGCGAUUACAGUCUCGGUCGGUCGAGAAAGAACAGAGAAGGCUUCACGUCCCGUUGAUUGAUCGGUCUUAUGGCGAACCGGCACCGUUUGUUGUUGUGGUGCAUGGUCCUCCCCAGGUUGGGAAAUCGCUCCUUAUAAAGUCUCUUGUAAAGCAUUAUACCAAACACAACAUGUCUGAGGUUCGAGGGCCAAUCACAAUUGUAUCAGGUAAGCAAAGGCGACUACAGUUUGUAGAGUGCCCAAACGAUAUCAACGGCAUGAUUGACGCAGCAAAGUUUGCUGAUCUUGCUUUGCUUCUUAUAGAUGGAAGUUAUGGUUUCGAAAUGGAAACGUUUGAAUUCCUGAAUAUAUUGCAAGUUCAUGGGUUCCCAAAGGUUAUGGGAGUUCUUACUCACCUUGAUAAGUUCAAGGAUGCAAAGAAACUGAGGAAAACAAAGCAGCGUCUCAAGCAUCGUUUCUGGACCGAAAUAUAUGAUGGAGCAAAAUUGUUUUAUUUAUCUGGUUUAAUUCAUGGGAAGUAUGCUAAGCGUGAAAUUCACAAUCUUGCACGGUUUAUCUCUGUAAUGAAAUUUCAUCCCCUGUCUUGGCGAGCUUCUCAUCCUUAUAUUUUAGUAGAUCGACUUGAAGAUGUCACUCCUCCUGAGCAAGUGCGAAUGAAUAAAAAAUGUGAUAGAAACAUCACUCUUUAUGGUUAUUUGCGAGGCUGUAAUAUGAAGAAGGGGACUAAGGUGCAUAUUGCUGGUGUGGGUGAUUAUGGUUUAGCUGGCAUUACAGGUUUAGCUGAUCCCUGUCCUUUACCAUCAGCUGCAAAAAAGAAAGGGCUUCGUGAUAAAGAAAAAUUGUUUUAUGCACCUAUGUCUGGACUUGGGGAUCUUCUUUAUGACAAGGAUGCUGUCUAUAUAAACAUAAAUGACCACUUCGUUCAGUUUUCUAAUGUUGGCGAUGAGAAUGGAGUGACACACAAAGCAGGAAAGGACCGAGAUGUGGGUGAGGUUUUGGUGAAAUCUCUUCAGAACACAAAGUACUCAGUUGAUGAAAAGUUAGAAAAAAGCUUCAUAAGCCUUUUUGGUCGGAAGCCUAAUAUGCCGUUAGAGGCUCAAAAUGAUGGAAAACAUGAUCAUGAAACUGUAGAGCAGGCUCGCAAAAUAGAACCUUCACAGAGAGAGAAUUCUGGGGAUGAAAUUGAAGCAGAUGAGUCUGAUGAGGAAAGUGAUGGUGGAGAUUUGGAUGGUACAGAAUCUUCAGAUCAAGAUGAAGCCAUUCAAAAAGAUGCAAUGAUAAAAAGUAAAGGUGGUGUUUCUGAAGAAGAGACUGUUGAUACAUUUGAGCAGCAAUCUCCUCUUAAAGAUCACUUGCAGGAACAUGUUGAGUACCAUGGUGGAAGGCUGAGGCGAAAAGCUCUCUUUGGAAAGGACACUGAUCACAAGGAUUUGAAGGAUUUGGAAGAAGAGAAUGAAAACAGUGAUGAUGGUGCAGAUAACCAGACACCCUCUGGUUCAGAUUUUUCAGAGGAAGAUGGAGAGGAUCGUGAAAUAGAUGAAGAUGACAUGGGAAACAUUUCAAAGUGGAAAGAGUCUUUGAUGGAAAGGACUGUCUUGAGACAAAAUACAAAUCUUAUGCAACUUGUAUAUGGGAAAGCUACAUCAACACCAACUACAACUCUUAAUGAAGCACAGGAUAGCAGUGACGAUGAGGAAAGUGAUGGAGACGACUUCUUUAAGCCAAAAGGAGAAGGGAAAAAGAAUCUGGGAGAAGGAUUUGAUGAAGGAAAUGUCAAUGCUGAGGACUGUUCCAAAUUCACAAAUCUGGAAAAUCUAAAAAACUGGAAAGAUGAAGAGCUUAUUCAGAGUAUUCGUGACCGUUUUGUAACUGGUGAUUGGCAAAAAGCUAAAAGUAGAAAUAAGGUCCUGGGGUCCAAUUCUGAAGAAGAAGAUGAUGACGAUGCUGUCUAUGGCGAUUUUGAAGAUUUAGAAGCUGAGUACAAUAGGCAUCAGACCAAUGAUAUUGGCAAUGGUGCAAUUCAAAAGGAAAACGACUCGGCAGCUGAGGAGCGAAGGCUUAAGAAGCUGGCUCUUCGAGCAAAGUUUGAUGCGCAAUUUGACGGAUCUGAAUCACCAGAUGAAGAAGUUGAUAAAAAGGAUGGAGCCAAGUUUCAUCGUGGUCAAGCUAAUGAAAGUAGUUAUUUUGACAAGUUGAAGGAGGAGAUUGAAAUUCGUAAACAGAUGAAUAUAUCUGAACUCAAUGAUCUUGAUGAGCCCACCAGAAUAGAGAUAGAGGGCUUUCGGACAGGGACUUACCUGAGAUUGGAGGUUCAUGAUGUUCCUUUUGAGAUGGUUGAAUAUUUCGAUCCAUGCCAUCCAAUUUUGGUUGGAGGAGUUGUUCUUGGGGAGGAAAAUGUCGGAUACAUGCAGGCCAGGUUGAAGCGGCACAGAUGGCACAAGAAGUUACUGAAGAAUAGAGAUCCCAUAAUUGUUUCAAUUGGAUGGAGACGUUACCAAACUAUACCUGUUUACGCCACUGAGGAUCAAAAUGGAAGGCAUCGCAUGCUUAAGUAUACUCACGAACACAUGCAUUGCCUUGCCACAUUCUGGGGUCCUCUUGCCCCUCCCAAUACUGGUGUCGUUGCUGUUCAGAAUGUAUCCAACAAUCAGGCUACAUUUAGGAUUACUGCUACUGCAGUUGUGCUUGAGUUCAAUCAUGCAGCUCGAAUUGUGAAGAAAAUCAAGAUGGUUGGUUACCCCUGCAAGAUCUUCAAGAAGACAGCACUUAUCAAGGAUAUGUUUACUUCAGAUCUUGAAGUUGCUCGGUUUGAAGGUGCAGCUAUUCAAACCGUCAGUGGGAUUCGGGGCCAGGUUAAGAAGGCUGCAAAAGAAGAGAUGGGUAACGAACCAAAAAAGAAGGGAGGACAGCCUAGAGAAGGGAUUGCAAGGUGUACCUUUGAGGAUAAGAUCAAGAUGAGUGACAUUGUUUUCUUGCGUGCAUGGACUCAAGUCGAAGUUCCUUGCUUUUACAACCCAUUGUCAACGGCCUUGCAACCUCGCGAGCAGACCUGGCAGGGAAUGAAAACUGUAGCUGAACUGAGGAGAGAAUACGAUCUUCCCAUUCCUCUUAACAAGGAUUCACUCUACAAGCCAAUUGAAAGAAAGCCAAAGAAGUUCAACCCAUUGGUGAUACCCAAGAACUUGCAGGCAGCUCUCCCGUUUGCAUCAAAGCCCAAGGAUAUUCCUAGUCGGAAACGACCACUUCUUGAAAAGAGAAGACCGGCUGUGGUCAUGGAGCCUCAUGAGCGAAAAGUUCAUGCUCUUGUUCAACAUCUUCAAUUGAUUAGAAAUGAGAAGAUGAAGAAGCGAAAGCUUAAGGAAGACAAGAGGAAGAAAGAACUCGAGGUAGAGAGAACCAAAGAUGAGCAGUUGUCAAGAAAGCGUCAGAGAGAAGAAAGACGGGAGAGAUAUCGGGAGCAAGAUAAACUGAAGAAGAAGAAAAUUCGGAGAAAUGCAUAGGCCUGAAGCUCUCAUUGUAGAAUUGUUUUAUAUAACGUUUUGUUGGGGUGCAGGCAAAACAGGUUUAUGUUGUCCCAAAGGACUAGAUCAGCAUGUUGCAUCUGAUGUGACAAUUUUUCUCAAGCCAACCUUGGCAUCUGUCACACACGGAACUUGGUGCCUCACAAGUGAUGCUCUUGAUUAGCAAUUUUGCCGGCCCAAAUGCAAUUAUAUCGAGCAGGUCGGGACUGUCUAUUGCUGCGGUGGUGGUUUAGCUCUCCUGCACUUUCAUUCUUCAAGUAUUCGUGAUGUUAAUAGUGUGUUUCAAGCAUCUAAGUUAACAUUGUAGAGUAUUAAUUCCUAACACUACCAAUCAGUUUUGUCCGUGGCACAAGUUUCUCUGGUGAGUUAUAUAAGAGUUCUACGCACUUUAGCUAGGACUCGUGAACAACUUUUUGAACAUUAUUAUAAAAAUUGAGCAGAUUUACAAAA